AUGGUCUCUCAGAUUCUACGACAGGUGGCUAUUAGUCCACGUAGUUUAAGGGUUCGAUCAGCCACUUUUACCAGUAGAUCUAACCGAUCAUCAAUUAGAUUUAGUAGCAUUCCAACCAAAUUGCAAAGGCGACAAUUGCAUCACGCUACAAAGCCCUCGUCAAAUUUUAUUUCACUUCUAGGUUAUGACCAUCGUCCCAUCCUUCGUAAUGUUCAUAGUCCACCCUCACUGUUAUUAGUUUCUCAGGUCAGGACGUUUUCAUUAAAUUCAAUUCCAAGAUUCGUUUUUCAUGCAAUGAAAAUUCCUACCGCAGGCGUAACCGUGGGAGUGGGAGGGUUGACAUACGCCAAUUAUAAACUUAAUGAUAUGGCAAGUAAAAGUUCAGACUUCCUUUCCUCCAUUACAGAUGGGAUUAAAUCGGCAGUAGGAGCCGUUAGACAGGGAAUUGACUUUGAUCUACCAAGUAUAGAAAUACAGGUCCCAGGAUUCUUAACAAACAUUUUUUCUAAAUCAGGACCAUCUGCAACUUCUAAUCAGUUUCAGAUAGAAUCAGAUAGGCCUAGAUUCAUUAAAAAGGAAGAUGAAAGCAAUUCUUCAGAACCUCCAAGAGAGGUGCGCAAUAUUCUGAUGAACAUUGACCAUAAUGAGACACUUAGAUUACCAAGUAUCGUAGUUAUAGGCAGUCAGAGUUCUGGCAAAAGUUCCGUAUUAGAAGCAAUCGUCGGACAUGAAUUCUUACCAAAGGGAUCGAAUAUGGUGACACGAAGGCCAAUUGAAUUAACAUUAAUUCACACACCAAAAUCUAAAGAGGAGUAUGGUGAAUUUCCUCAGCUUGGCUUAGGGAAAAUGCACGAUUUCUCUCAUGUACAACAAACGUUACGUGAUUUAAACCUUGCUGUACCAGAGUCCGAAUGCGUUUCCAAUAAACCAAUUGAACUGCGAAUUUAUUCUCCCAAUGUACCCGAUCUUACGCUUAUUGAUUUGCCAGGCUAUAUUCAAGUAACUAACAGGAAUCAACCCGAGACGUUAAAAGAUAAAAUUGUCGAAUUGUGUGAACAAUAUAUCAGAGAGCCAAAUAUUAUAUUAGCGGUCUGUGCCGCUGAUGUGGAUUUAGCGAAUUCAGAAGCAUUAAAAUCUAGUCGUAAAAUUGAUCCAUUGGGUCUAAGGACGAUCGGUGUAAUAACUAAAAUGGAUUUGGUAGAGCCUGAGACUGGUGCAGCUAUAUUACGCAAUACUGAUUAUCCUUUACAUCUAGGUUAUAUUGGUGUAGUUUGUAAACCUCCAGCAAAUAGGAACAAUCAAAAAAACAUUACUUCAGCUUUAAUACAACACGAAGACCAAUUCUUCCGUAGUAAUUAUGUGUAUAGUCAGCGUGGUAUUCAAGUUGGUACUGGUACUUUACGUAGGAAGCUUAUGGAAGUAUUGGAAGAAAAUAUGGCUAAAUCGUUAUUUUCUAUUGUUGGAGCCGUUCAAUUAGAAUUGGAAGAAGCUCGUUAUCAAUUUAAAGUACAAUAUAAUGAUAGACGGAUCACAGCCGAAUCAUAUGUUGCUGAGACGAUUGAUUCUAUCAAACAUAAUUUUAAGGAUUUUGCUCAUUCUUUCGGAAAACCACAAGUGAGACAUGAGGUUAGAACCAUGUUGGAACAAAGGGUAUUAGAUCUUUGCGCAGAAUUAUAUUGGACAGAUAGCAAAGUGGUCGAUUUACCUAAAGUAUCGGCGGAUGAUCUUUAUUGGCAUUAUAAACUUGACAUGAGUUCUGCCGCACUUACUAAAAGUGGAAUAGGUCGAACAAGUACUCAAUUAGUCGUGGAUGUAUUAAUGGCUAAUAUGGAGAAAUUAGCUUCAAUGGAGCCACUAAAUAAUCAUCCUGACACUAGUAGCAAAGUAUUAAAUUUCAGUAAUGAAAUUUUGCGGCACAAAUUUCAUACAACUGCUGAUCAAGUUGAAAAUUGUGUUAAGCCAUACAAAUAUGAAGUUGAGUGUAGCGAACAAGAAUGGGCUGAUGGGGUUAAGCGAUCAAUAACACUUUUGGAAAAAGAAUUGGAAAGUUGUGAUAAGGCUUUACAUCAUAUUAGAAAUACCAUUGGAAAAAAGAAACUUAGGGCUGCUAUAAAAUACGUCUUAGACGCUGAAAAAGAGGAAGCUAAACGUAAAGAUACAGGCGAUUCUAAUAACGAAUCCAACACACACGCUAUACCGCCUUCUGCACUUAUAUCAUCCAUUAAUGAUAUUAUGGAAGGUGAUGUGGAGCAUAAUCGUCUUCAUUUUAAUCCUAAAGUACUUGAAAAAGCUCGUGAAGCUAUAUUUCUUCGUGAUCGUUCGAUGAUACUAAAGUAUCGUUUAGCGGCUCUAAAAUCACGACAAUGCAAAUCGCCUGAUAAUAAACAAUAUUGUCCGGAAGCAUUUUUAAAUAUGGUCGCUGAGAAACUCACCUAUACCGCCGUAAUGUUUAUUCAAGUCGAAUUAUUAAAUGAAUUCUUCUUUCAAUUCCCUAGAGAAGUGGAUAAUCGACUUAUCUAUGAUUUGGAUAGAAAACAAAUAUUAUCUUUUGCAAAAGAAAAUCCUCAUAUUAGGAAACAUUUGGAAUUGCAAGAGAGAAAACGGAAAUUGGAAGAGGUCAUGGAAAAACUAAAUUAUCUCGUAAGAAGGCAAAGAGAUAUUGAAGGACGUAAGGGUCCCACCAAUUUCUAA